UCUGUCUUAUUUGUCCGUCAAAUUGUUUACUAUCACAGACGGCAACCGCUCUCCCUCAGUUCCUCCAGAAAUCGAAACGCAUAGGCAAUUAUAACUUCUGCAACAACAAGAAUCCACUUCGAAGUUCAUCACCCGGAAAACUAAUCGCCAUGGAUAAGCGGCUCCGCUCAUCCCUUCAGACCUCCGCCGACGAAUUCCUGAGCUCCGCCGCAAAGCAAACCCUAAAAUCCUCAAAGCCCUCUCUCAAAACCCUAAUCCACGGCGUCAAGCCUUCCUCCGACCUCUCCUCCUCUCUCCCUCUCUCUCUGUCCCACUCCAUUUCCCAAGCUAUACAAUCCUUCAAGAACCUUCUGGAGCCCAACCAAAACCCUAAACCUAAACCUAACUCCCCGCGCUCUCCUCCCACCAAACGGCCCCGGAGGUCUUCUAGGCGGUCCAAGACCCGACCAGAACCUGAUUCAGACGACCCAGACCCUAACCCGGAGCGAGAGAGGAAAUGCCUUCUUUCGGAACUUCAAGUUUUAGCAUUUAUCGCGCAAUUGUGCAUUUCGCAUCCCCAGAACGCAUUCUCGCCGUUGGAUUUGUUGACCGGAGUUCAGGCGCUGCACGACAAUCUGAUUAUUUUGGAGUCGGACUCGGUGCUGGUUUCGGAGAUCGCGGGUUUGUGCGAGCAAUGGUGGAAGGAGGAGUUGCCGAGUCGAGAAUCACUGAUUUCUCAGUCGCUCCCUUUCUUGCUCUCGAGAUCUUUGACUCUGCAAAAGAAGGCAGAUGUUCACAGAGUCUAUGCGCUCCGGGAGGCCUUUACUUGCUUUGAUUUCGAAGACGAGAGCAUUGAGGACUUGAAGCUCUUGUUAAUUCGGUGUGUGAUUUCGCCGCUGUAUCUGAAAGCAGAGGAGGGGAAGAAGUUCCUUGCAUUUAUGUUCGGGUUGAGUUUGCAGCUGUUGAAGGAAGUUUUGGCAAUGAUUCGAUCUCAGGUUCCGUUUGGUCGAAAGUCAAUGCUGGAGGCCUACGGGGACGUCCUGUUUCGGGCUUGGAAAGUGGCGGAUGGCGAAUCGAGAAGUGAGAUCGAGAAUGGGUUUUUGCAGGGUUUGAUUGAGGGUGCAAUACAUGCCAGUUCUGGAGCUUUUGCUGCUUCGAUUAGAAGGGUUUUGGGAGGGUUUAUAAACCAGAGGACCACUGCUGGUGUUGAGAAGCUUCUUUUCCAGCUGUCUGAACCUGUGAUAUUUCGCUCGCUGCAGGUUGCGAAUUCUAAUGUUCGUCAAAAUGCGCUGCAUUUGCUGCUGGACUUGUUUCCUCUUGAAGAUCCCGAUUCCACAAAAGAAGUGAAAGAUUCCUUGCUUGAUAAGCAGUUCUUUUUAUUGGAGAGAUUACUCACCGAUGAUUGUCCAGACGUGAGAGUGGUUGCGGUGGAAGGGUCUUGUCGAGUGCUUCAUCUAUUUUGGGAAAUCAUCCCUUUGAGUACAAUCACAAAGCUAAUUACCAAAAUUGUUGAUGAUAUGUCGCACGAUGUAUGUCAUGAGGUUAGACUUUCCACACUGAAUGGAAUUAUCUACUUGUUUGGAAAUCCACAAUGCCAUCAAAUUCUCAACGUUCUUCUGCCCAGACUGGGUCAUUUGAUGCUGGACAAUGUCCUAUCAGUAAGAGCUGCAAUGGCAGAUCUCCUCCUUGUUAUAAGGGAUAUUCCAAAUUUCCAGUUCCAUAAGGUGGUGAAAUUAGAUGUAUUAUUGUCGGACCUUGCAAAUGAUCAACCUCAAGUUGCUCAGAAAAUUACACAACUGCUUAUGCCAUCAUACUUUCCUUCAAAAGUGUCCGUUGAAGCAGCAUGUAAUCGUUGUGCUACGCUCGUUAAAAGGUCUCCAAUGGCUGGAGCCAGGUUUUGUGAAUUUGCUGUGUCCCAAGGGUCAUCUCUCAAGUCUCUGAUGGAACUUGUUCGAGUAUUGAUUACUUUGGUCUUGCUGCCUAGUAAUCUAGAUGAAGAUCAAAUUGAAGGUUUACUUCUUGCUGCUGCCAACCUUUGCAAUACCCUAGCAAGCGAGUCAGUUUUCAAGAAUGCUCUUAAGGAGUUCUUCGAUGGUGAAAAGUUGAAGUGCUUGUUUGCUGCUGCAUCUACUCGGUCUGCUCAGUCUUCUGUAUUCAACAUUGUCUCAACUGUCUCUCCAGAUGAUCUAGCUGGACUUCUUGACGAAUGCAUGAACCUGGUCACUAAUUGUAGUGGUUUAUCCAAAGAUGCCAAGAGGCAAGCUGAAGUGAGGUCUGCUCACAAAUUGUUGCUGUCAUGUGAUGGGGUUGAUGGUAUGCUUGAAGCUCUAACAGCAUUCCUGCAGAAAGCUGCCUAUCGUUGCCAUGUCAAAUUUGGCAAUGAAAUACCAAAUCUGAGUGUUUUCUCUGCAAAAAGAAAGAAAUCAAAGUCCUCUAGCAAAAUUUCAGCUCGAUGGAGAAAUGUUGGCGGGAAAAAACCAACCAAUUUUGAGAACGAUUAUUCAGUGGCAGUAGGAAUGGCCUGGCAAAUUAGAGAUUUACUUGCAUCUGACAACACUCGGAAUUCUAUAUUGGGGUCUCAAGUUCUAGAGUCGUUAUUUCAAUCCUUAAAUGUCAUUUCGGAGGUCAGCAUUGUGCAGUGCAUGCAUUGUGAAUAUAUGGACACAUCUCCUGUCUUGGCAUAUACAGCUCUUGCUCUGCAUAUGUCUCUUCAAAAUGCCAGUUCGACUACAACAGAUUGCGGUACAAAAAGUAAAGAUAGGACUGAUUCCACAAGAUCUAGUUCUGAGCAGACUAAGUUGGAACAUGCAUUGGAUCACCUAGUUAACUGUGCAGAGAAGCUAUUUCGGGCAGAUGAUGCUGGAGGGUCCGGAAAAAUUUCUCCACAACCUAAGCAUUCUAGCAAGAAGUCUUCCAACCGUCGUGAGAAAAGACAGAGAGAAUCGCAUACUGAUGCCUCAAGUCCAAGUGAUAGUGGAUGCGACUAUACAGAACCAAAGAAGUUAUCAAACAAGGUGAAGAUGCUAACUGCAGUCUUAAGGUUCGUGGUUGAUGCCGCUACAAUAGGUUCUGUUCAUCAAAUUCAGGAAAGGUGCUUAAAGUUCACAUCAGGUUACAUAAGAUAUGUCGUAUCUAAGUUGGAGCAACAAUCUCGUGAGCCUUUUCAAUUUGAGGAGGAGGAUUUGAAGGAUAUGGUUCUCUGUUUGAAGAGCUCCUUCACAUAUGCAGCCAAGUUACUGAAUCUAGCUCUUAAAGAUGUUACUGAAGCUUCACCAGCACUCACUGAAGCGUCUGAUCUUGCCAACGAUCUGCUUGAUUUAAUCAUCUCGAUUGAGUUGUACUUGGGUUCUAACUAUGUUGCUCAUUUGGUGACUGGAGUAAAGUCUUGGCUUCCUGACUUGAUUCUAGCUUUAGGAUCUGGGCACAUUGUAGAACAGAUUAAGGGAGAAGUGAUGGAAAUAACUACAGCUGACCGCAUCAGACUCCACUUUCCAUCAUGGCUUCUGAUUUUAGCUAAAACUGAGCUCUCUGAAAUAAGUGAAGCUAGGCCAGAAGAUGGAGAUUCCGAACCAGAUGAGUUUCCUUCUUUUAAGAAACUUCUUAACAUGAUUGUUACAUUGUUGAAAGGAAAUAUCAGCAUAAGGAAUGUGUUUGGGGUGAUUUUCUUGAUUAGCGCGAUUGUUGGGAUGCAAAAGAAGAAUUUCGGAUUGGUUUUGGGACUCGUACGCUUUGCAUGCCGGAAGGUAUUCAGGGAAGACGAGAGAGAGUGGGGCAAUAUGAUGUUGGCUUCUCUUCAAGAGCUUUACCCUCAGAUUGAGAGAGAAAUAGAAGAAGACAUUGAAGAAGACAGAAGGGAAAAUCUGCGAAAUGCAAAGGAAUUGCUUGAACCAAUUUGGAUGUAUCAUAUGUAUGAAACUGGGAAGGUUUCUAUGGAGGACUAAUUUGAGAACACGAGCACACUCGGAUUGCAUUGCCUCUGGUGUUUUAACAAAAUGAAGGGGUGUUUGUCGUCGACUAGCUCUUCGGGUACUUGACAGUUCCAUUAAGGAAUGAGAAGAGUCCCAUGGGUAAUCUGGUUUUGUUCUGUUUCAUGCUCACUUGGUGAAAUCAAGACGGCACUCUGCAAUUGCUCCAUGCCUGCAAGGAAAAACAAUAUAUAUUUCAUGUCCAUUCAAGCAAAAGCUCAAAAAUAAAUAUAAACUCUGGUCAUGUAAUCCUGCACCCUUUCUCUUUUAGUAGCAAGUUAGAAAUUAAGAAAGUUAUCUACGUAUCAUGAACAGUAACAACUUGCAGUGAACAGUAACUACCCAAGUGCAUUUGCACUCCUAAAUUGAACAACUUAGGCAAUUCUAUUAAAAUAUUAAUAUUGUUGUAAAAUCGGUGGUAUAUGUGUUGUGGAAUAUAAAGUAAAUGAGAUAAUAUUUAAGAGGUUCGGCAA